GAAAGCGGAGCUGAAAGCAGAGCUGAUAGCUGAUUUAUAAGCUCUGAAAAAACAAACACACUGCACCGGUGCAAGUGCGCACAUUGCAGACUGAACUGAGCUGAAAGCUGAAAAAGCUUUCUAAAAUCAGCUCAGCUUAGUUUGAUCGAUCAAGCAUGUUUGUUUUUUCAGCAAGCUGAUUGCUGAUUUCAGUACUGAACGAAAAUGGACUGUGAAAUGUUAUUGAGUGAAAUUGCGGUGAACCCGGUCUUAUGGAACAAGCGUGAUAAAAAUUAUUCGAAUCGUUUGAUUUUCGAAAAAACCUGGCAGGCGAUCGCAAAUAAAUUGGGAAAACCAGCGGAGCAGUGCAAAAAAAAGUUUAAGUAUUUAAAAGACGAAUACCGCAAGGCCCAGCGAAAUGUGCCAAGACCCGCAUCAGGAGCAGCAGCAGCAGAGCCUCACGUUUCCAAAUUUAAAUAUUUUAAUUUAAUGCACUUUUCGAGGGAUGAUUUCGGUGGAGAAACCGACGGAAAUAUAGGAGGCACAUACAUCGAACUAAUGGACGACACAUCAAUGCCAUAUAGUGCUGAACUGUACGACACUGAAAUUGCCUUGACAAAAGAUGACAUCGAAAAGCCAGGACCGUCCAAACGACAUAACAAACGACAAAAAGACAUGGACAACGAACUAAUAGAAAUCGAACAUAAAAAAUUAAAACUCUUGGAAAUGGACAUUGAAAAUAAUACAAAUAACAAAGACUCAGACGAUUUAUUAUUUUUCAAAAGUUUAAUACCUUUGCUGCCGAGCUCCCUGUCAGCAAGCCAAAAACUACGGAUGAGGACAGACAUUCAAAAUGUCGUCCUCAAAUAUUUGGAGGAAGAUUAAUUUUAUUUAUUUUCAUAAUUUAUAUAUUUUGUUAGUCAUUUCUUUCUUUCUUUAUUUAUUAUUAUUUUUUAUUAUUUAUUUUUGUUAUUAUUUUUAUGUUACACACCUUACACACUUUUCAUACAUUAUACCUUCAUACAUAGUCUAAUUACACAUACAUACAUCUAAUUGCAUA